ACAUAAACUGGGAGAGAGGCGGCGUGAGUUUUUGCUUUUAGCAGUUGUCAGAUUUGCAAUUGGAUUUGUUUGAAUGUAGUUGUUGUUUCGGGAGCAAAUGAGAACGAGAAAGAGAGAAUAUUAACAGCGAAGGGGAGCUCGGCCGUUCAGUCUGAGCGUCUGAUCCGUCCGUGUGUGCACUGUUACAGAUCGGCGACACUAGAUUUAUAUCGCUUUUCAUUGUUUUGCCUUUUUUUUUAUUCGCAUGGAAUUUAUCAAGCAUCGCUGUUUGAUCGCUAUUUAUUUGCGUUACAGUUCAGUCCGGAUAGGGGGAUCUCGCCGCGUAUCUCACCGUGUAUGAAUUAUUAUUGAUAGGAGGAGGGGAAAAAAACGUGCAGACGGCAAUUCAUCUUUCCAGGGUUUUUGGUUGAUCGAGGCGUAGUCUAGUCAACCGCGCGUUUCAAAGCCAUUUCCAGGAGAAGCUGAGAGCAGACCGAGCGGUGCAGCCUGCUGGAGCCGAGGACGGAUCGCCCGGGGAAGGACUCCUCGUUCCUCAGGACGAUGGUGUUGGACAAGGAAGAGGGUGUGCCGAUGCUCUCCGUCCAGCCCAAAGGGAAACAGAAGGGGUGUGCUGGCUGCAAUCGCAAGAUUAAAGACCGCUACCUGCUCAAGGCCCUGGACAAAUACUGGCAUGAGGACUGUCUCAAAUGUGCCUGCUGUGACUGCCGCCUGGGGGAGGUGGGCUCCACCCUCUAUACGAAAGCCAACCUCAUCCUCUGUCGCAGGGACUACCUGAGGCUCUUUGGUACAACGGGGAACUGUGCAGCCUGCAGUAAACUGAUCCCAGCCUUUGAAAUGGUGAUGAGAGCCAGAGAUAAUGUUUACCAUUUGGACUGUUUUGCCUGUCAGCUUUGUAACCAGAGGUUUUGCGUGGGGGACAAGUUUUUCCUAAAAAACAACAUGAUUUUGUGUCAAAUGGACUAUGAGGAGGGCCAGCUGAACGGGAGCUUUGAGACACAGGUUCAAUAGUUGGAACCUCGUGGCAGCAACAAUCGGCUCCACACUUUACACACGAGAUGGAUGUUCUGCUGCACUUGGAAAAAAGACAAGCGUCUGUCUGCUUGCCUGCAAUACUUUUUAAGACCCCUUUAUCAGUCCCUAAGGACUCUAUUGUAAAUGUUCAACUUUUUGCCCCUCCCACACCCCAACA